AUGAUAAUUUCCAAAGUCGGACAGUGGACUUGAUGCCUUUUAGCGGCACGACUCCAGGAGGCCUAUGACCUAGUCGGACACAGUGAGAACGGAAUAUCUCCAAGCAUGGCUGGUUAUGAAAAUGAAGCAAGUGAUCAUCCCUUGGACCAAUCUCUUCCGCAACCAGAGGAGAUGACGAAAUCACAUUUGAUCAAUAUGAAGCUUCCUAUAUUACAGUUAGAAACCUUUGGCAAAACCCUGCUUAUCAAUGUUUCUACACAAACUGACAGGAAUUCUGAUUCUGUGAAUUGUCAGGAGCAUGAAGCAGAAAAUGUUGCUGUUAAGACUAUUGGGAAUCUUUGCAACGGGUUAGUUUGGUGUGCUUCUAGUAAUAAUUGA